AUGCCGCCCCCGGAGGCACCGCCAGGGCCCAGCGUGAGUGUGGUGGUGGUGGUGGGGGGCUCCUGCGUGCUGCGCUACAGCCGCCCCCCCCCGCCGCCCCCCGCCCCGAGCCCCCCCCCACCCUGGGGGCAGCGGGGACCCCCCCAGAUCCGGCCCCAGGACGGGGACCUGCUGCUGCUGCUGCGGAGCCUGGGCCCUGGAGCCCCCCCUGAGCCCGUGGCCGCCACCAGCUUUGUGGGCCCUGAACCCCGGGACCUGCUGCCCACUGGUGAGGAGCUGGGGAGUCCCAGCAGUGCUGGGAGGGGACCGGGCUACAGCCUGGCCUGGCCACAGGACCCCGUCCCAUUCGCAGUGGAGCUGCCGCGGGGCCCGGGGGGUUUCGGGUUCAGCCUCCGGGGGGGCCCCGCCGGGGUUUUCGUGCGGGGGCUGCGUGAGGGGGGCCCGGCCCAGCGCUGCGGCUGCAUCCAGGUCAGUGACGAGCUCUUGGCCAUCAAUGGGGCCCCCACAGCCGGGAUGAGCCACGCACAGGCGCUGGCCCGGAUCCGGGGCGGGGGCAGCCGCCUGCGCCUGCUGCUGCGUCGCCCCCACGGGGCUCCCCCAAACCCGCUGGCGCGGGGGGUGCUGCGGCUGUGCGUGGGCAGCUCCCCGCGGGGGGAGCCCUGCUUCUGCCUCGUGGGGGGGCUGCACCCCUGACUCCCCCCGAUUGUCCCCUGGACCCCCUGCAAAUGGAAGGCGACGUCAGUGAGAUGCCCCCCCCCCACACCGCACCCCAUUUUUUGGUGUUUUAGGGGACCACCCCCAGCUCGGGGGGUCAUUUUGGUGCCCCUAUUUUGGGGGGGACGCCCUUCAAGCUAUGCAAUGCCCCCUCCCCACGUUCUGGGGGCCGCACGGAGGUUUUGUCCCCUCCCCA